UCAAAAGCCUCUCUCUCUCUCUCUCUCUCUCUCUCUCUCUCUCUCUCUCUCUCUCUUGGGAAGAUAGAGAAAAAAUGGGAAUAUAUUCACUAGUGACGGGGAGAAGAGGAGCAAGUGGAUUUGGGUCUGCUUCCACGGCCGAAGAGGUUUCACAAGGGAUUGAUGCAUCUUCUCUCACCGCCAUCAUUACAGGAGGGUCGGGAGGAAUAGGAAAGGAGACGGCGAGAGUGCUGGCAAAGAGAGGAGCACGUGUCAUAAUUGGAGCCAGGAACAUGGGAGCUGCAGAAAACGCCAAAGCAGAGAUCCUCAAACACAACUCCUCCGCACGUGUUACUGUCCUAGAACUCGAUCUCUCCUCCAUUGCUUCCGUCAGAUCUUUUGUCCGCGACUUCGAUUCUCUCUCUCUCCCUCUCAACCUCCUCAUAAACAAUGCAGGGAUAAUGUUCUGUCCAUACCAACUGUCUCAAGAUGGGAUUGAACUUCAAUUUGCCACUAAUCACAUUGGUCACUUUCUAUUGACAAACUUGCUUCUGGAGAGAAUGAAGAAGACGGUGAAAGAGAGCGGUGUCCAAGGAAGGAUUGUGAAUCUCUCAUCCGUCGCGCAUAUCUAUGCAUACCCUCAUGGCAUCCUCUUCGACGAUAUUAACGACAUUUCCUGCUACUCGGACAAGAGAGCAUACGGACAAUCGAAAUUGGCUAACAUACUGCACGCAAAUGAGCUGUCUCGUCGACUUCAGGAAGAGGGAGUGAACAUCACAGUGAAUUCAGUGCACCCUGGCCUCAUCUUCACCAAUCUCUUCCAACACACUGCCCUUUUGAUGAGGUUCUUAAAAUUCUUCAGUUUCUUCUUGUGGAAAACCGUACCUCAGGGGGCAGCUACAACAUGCUACGUAGCGCUGCAUCCAAACAUGGAGGGGGAGACAGGGAAAUACUAUGCAGACUGCAAUGAAGUGAGUCCAAGCAAACUAGCAAGAGACCAAUCUCUGGCACUUAAGCUUUGGGAUUUCAGCAUCAAGCUUAUCCACUCUGUCUCCAUCCACAACCACCAUCCCUAACAAUCUGCUUUGUACCCCCCAAAUCAUAUAUAUAUAUAUAUAUAUUACACAACAUUAUUAUCCAACCAUACAAACGAUUUACAAUUCAAUUUCACAAUUUCCUUGUUUUUCUA